GCCCAUGCCAUUCCCAAUAUGCGCUGGCUGACGUCGGGGCAGCCAAAAUAAGUUUGUUCUUAAAUACGAAUCUGACAUGGAUUGUGAAAAUGGAGCUGAUACUUCGACCAGAAAAAGAAAACUCUGCAGACUGGUUGUUUUGAGCUUUGCACUUCUGUGUAUUCUUCAAGCUACACUCAACAUUUCACUGCGACUGGCUUUUUACAGUUCUGAUACAACAACAACACCAGAUUGUGAGGCCAUUAUUAAAAACUUGACUAAACAACAAGACAUGAAAAUGAAUGAAUUAGCUUGCUAUAUCCAACAAGGAUGGAUAUACUUCAACCACAGUUUAUAUUACGUUUCAUCUACUAAAAACACCUGGAAUGACAGCAGAGAGGACUGUCUGCAGAGAGGGGCAGACCUGGUGAUUAUCAACAGCAGAGAGGAACAGAACUUCAUAAGAGAGUUUAAAACUCGGACAUGGAUUGGACUGACUGACGCUGAAAAAGAACAGACAUGGAAAUGGGUGGAUGGGACUACACUUACCAUCAGUUUCUGGGACACUGACGAGCCUAACAGUCUUGUUAGAGAUGAAGAUUGUGCAGAAAUCUAUUUCUAUAGAAGAGAAAACUCCUGGAAUGACACACCGUGUGGCAGAAAAAAUGUCUGGAUUUGUGAAAAAAAAAUGUAGAGAUAAUUUAACCCACCAGAAAAUAAUAAGAUGUAAAAUCAUGACAAAUAAAUGUAUUCAUAUAAUAUCACCAUUCAUUUCAGGUAGUCAGCUGAUUUGAAGUGAAAGCAGAGAGGCAGAAGAAAAGACAACCAACAUAAUACUUUGUUUAUAAAGUUGGUGUGCAGGCUGUUGUCUGUAUGUCAUACAUAGAAAAAUAUUUAAAUACUGUUCAAAUUAUGUGAUUAUCUUCAUUUUUAUACAUAUAAAAUAAACCUCUGUCCCAGUGUGUCUUUGUACAACACAUGUACAAAGACUCUUCAUACAUGUAUUGUUAGCACUGAUCUACUUUGAGCAAACAUAAUCAUGUGUGUUUGCAAAUAAGAUCAAAAAUAUUUUGUUCAUUACAUUAUGACAGCAAAGACUGUUUCUCAGAUUAUGUGUGACAACAUGAGCCUGGUUUGACUUACUGGAAAACAAGUAAAUGACUUCAACAUUUUGGAAACUAAAUGAGGAAAAAAAUGCAACUAUCCAUGUGGAAGAUUGUCACAGUUACCAUUUUUUAAGGGUGCCAGAAAAAACACAAAUAAUUUGUAGAUAGAAUGAUGUGAGGUUGCCUGACUGUUCUGACUGCUUGUAUUCAGUGUCAUUUUGUCAUUAGUAAACGACAUAUACUUCAUUAAAAGGCCUGGAAUAGCUUUUUCUUGUUAAAAAAAAAGUUGUCAUUUUACAUGCAACAUCUGUUUAUGUUUAAUGGUCUACAGAAUUAUGUAAACAGCAUACAUAGCAUUACAACAGGUAAUCAUGUACAGGUACUCAGACUUCCCACAGCCAGAAGGCAUGCAUUUGGUUACGUUAAUUAGGUUGGUGAUUCUAAAUUUAAAUAAGUACAAGCAAGCAUAUUCUUAGUAUGGAUAUAAGCCUUUAUUGUUUGUUUGUUUGUUUGUUAAUUUAUUUCAAACAUGUAAAUAAUAUACAGGUAUAUUUAGUAAAGAAGAUAAGAGAGAAAAAAAAUACUAUACAAAAGUCAAUACAUUUCAAUAUUGCUACCGUUCUGAUUCAUUUACAUGUUGAAUGGGAGUGGGAAGAAGUACACACUUAUUUAAUCCCACCCCUUUGCCAUAAAUUGUCAGUUAAUAUUUAGUCAGCUUCCUUACUGAUAUAAUCUGUAAUAAAAAUAGUGAACAGAUUUCUGAUAUAAUAUAUACUAUAUACUAUAAUAUCACAUCAUGAAAUUUUUUUAAAUAGAGAUUGUGGCGGAGGUGUGGUCCUGGGCUCGGCUGCAGGGGAGGAGUGGUGCAGUGAGCUCAACGGGGCGGUGCU